GCAUAUGGCAACUCACUCGCCAGAAAAAAACCACAAGUGUUCAUACUGUGAGAAAAUGUUCCACCGCAAGGAUCACUUAAAGAAUCACCUACACACUCAUGACCCGUACAAGGAGGCGUUUGCUUGUCAGGAGUGUGGCAAGAGCUAUAACACCAAGCUGGGCUUCAAGCGCCACCUCGCCCUCCAUGCCGCCAACAGUGGAGACCUCACCUGCCAAGUGUGCCUGCAGCCGUUCCCCAGCACAGGGGUGCUUCUGGAACACCUCAAAACACAUGCUGGCAAGUCCUCUGGCGGGACCAAAGAGAAAAAGCAUCGCUGCGAGCAUUGUGAGCGGCGAUUUUACACCCGUAAAGACGUGCGGCGCCACAUGGUGGUGCACACGGGACGCAAGGACUUCCUCUGUCAGUACUGUGCCCAGCGGUUUGGUAGGAAGGACCACCUGACACGUCACGUGAAGAAGAGCCACGCCCGGGAGCUGCUGAGGGUAAAAACUGAGCCAGCUGAUCUGCUGGAGCCCGUUGUCUAUGACUUGGCAUCUGGGGGCAUCAAAGGCGAGCUCCAGGGCAUGCUGACACCAAGGCCACACCAGCUCAACAUGUACACAGGCCCCGUUCUGGACACAGAGCCCUUCCCCAGCCCCGCACACCCCUUCUCUUUAAAAUACCCGCUGGGCUCCAACUUUACCUCAUACACCGUCUCCUCACAGGAGCGGGAGCAGAACCUAAAGGGAGAACUGGAGACCUACCUGAUGGAGCUGCAGAGCAGCAUGCCCUCCUCAUCCUCUGCAGCCCAAGAACCCCAACUCCCCACCUCCAAACUUGAGUUGGAGUCUCAUGUAGGAGUGCUGGAAGAAGCAAACGAGGAGGUGUCCUUGUCCAAAAUUUCCACAUCAGUGGCAGCAGCCUCAGCGGCAGGAGACUCGCUGGCCUCAUCUUCCUCUCUGAUGGACUUCUCACAGCUUUUCAACUUCCUGCCGCUGAACGGGCCGCCAUACAACCAAGCAGGGGGGAGCGGGGGUCAAGGUGUUGGCUAUCCACCCAACGAAGAGUCUACACCUCUUGUCCAGCUGCCUCCCCAGCCCCCUGAAGGCCCAGAGGUUGCAGAGAGUCCACUUCAAGGGCUCCCCUCCUCCUUCAUAUCCAACCUGAGCACACCCACCACACUGCCCCGCUUCCAUCAGGCUUUUCAGUGA